CGCCGCGGUCAAGAGUUACAAUAUGGCUGACGACGGCAGCUGGAGGCCUCCAAGGAGCUGUGAAGAUUACUGGGCUGAAUGGAAGCACUGCCGGACGAUCCGGAACUUCCUUCAUCAUUACUACACCUAUGGCGAGAGCCCAGCCUGUGAGCAGUGGAAGAGAGAUUACAAAAACUGCCAGCAGUGGGAAGAGAGCAGGAGCCCGGACGCCAAGCAACUCCUCUGCCAAAGCGAGCAAGCCCGCAUCCUGGCCAAGCAGAAGCACCCCCCAGUGUGGACCAUGAGGCAGAAUCCCCCCCGAGACUGGCACUUGCCUUUGCCUGAGGAGGAGAAAUCCAAACAGGCAGGCAGCCCCGGGAAGGUCUGUGGAGCACCGCCCACCUGUCCGUCUGUCCACUUAUCCAUCCUCCCUUCACCCACUCAUUCAGCAUCUCACUUGAUCCUCACAAUAACCCGGGAAGCCUGCUCCGACUGGAAGAGCCUGGGCUCCCCUCCAUCCACCUCCCAGUGACCCUGGAUAGGUCGCCAGUGGCAACUCUAAAUUUCCCAUUUACCUUUUCUAUAGCCCAGUAAAAACUCAACGGAAUAU